GUAAUUUUAAUUACAUUAAUAUUGUUGGAAGCCAUGGAGUGCUUCAAACGUUUGUAUGGCAAUCGGAGAUGGUGGGUACGACCAGAUCUACGAGAUCGUGAAGCAAAUGGUUUCUUUGCCACGCACUUUUCCUUCCCACAGGAGUUUAAAAAUACUGUUAGGAUGGAGAAGAAAGUAUUCGACCUGCUCCUUAAUUUGAUCCGAGAAAAACUUACUAAAAACUCGAAUCGACCGUCUAUUUCUCCCGAAUGCCGGCUUUAUUUGGCCCUGUGUUAUUUGGCUCAUGGUGGAGGUAAGCCUUUUUACGCCUCUUCAUUCAAGGUCGGACUCUCCUCAAUGAAGGAAAUAGUUGGAGAAACGUGCGACGCACUGUGGGAAGUGCUUGGUCCCGUGUAUGUCUCAUUACCACAGAAUGAUGAGUGGAAACGAAUCGCCAUUGAUUUUUAUACAAUGUGGGAUUUGCCGAACUGCGUCGGGGCAAUUGACGGCAAACAUAUAAACGUAUUUUGUCCGUCAAACUCUGGCUCUCUCUUCUACAACUACAAGGGAAAUUAUUCCAUAGUUUUACUUGCAGUAUGCGACGCCAAUUAUACAUUUACUGGAAUCGAUAUUGGCGCUUACGGUUCCCAAAGCGAUGGCGGUGUCCUAUGGAAUUCGGGCUUCGGCAAAAACCUUUACUCUGGAUCUGCCUGAAAAUGAUGUUCUACCAGGUACAAACAAUUGUUUUCCCCAUUACUUUGUUGGCGAUAAUGCGUUUCCGUUGAAACCAUUUUUGAUGAGACCGUUUCCAGGAACAAACUUACCACCAGCAAGGCAAAUUUUUAACCAACGAUUGUCCCGGGCUCGUUGGGUCAUCGAAAACGAGUUUGGAAUUUUGGCGUGCCGGUGAAGAAUAUUAUUAAGUCCACUAUAAAUGAGCCCCGCUUCUACCGAGAAGAUAGUGAAGGCCACUGUCGUGUUGCACAACUAUGUAAAAAUGCCCGAUGGUAGCUAUUGUCCCCCUGAAGCAAUUGAUCAAGAAAUCAAUGGCGAAGUGAGAAGGGGCUUAUGGCGAAAUGAAAUUCCUGCCCCCUUACAGAAUGCUAGGCGCAUGGGCUCAAACAACGCUUCCCACAAUGCUUUUAAAUUGAGGGAUGAAUUAAAAGAUUAUUUAGUAUCUCACCCCCGAAUAACCCAGUAAAGAAGAGUACAUGCAAGUACAUGUAGUGCAAAUAAUUAAAAUAAAUAAUUACUUUUAAUUCUAUAAUUCUGAAAGAUAUUUUAAUUCUCUAUUUUUGAUAUUAACUAAUUCAAAAGGUGAAGUAAUAACGAAGUUAUUAGUCAAACUAAAAAGUUCACGUUCACGCUCGCAAUGAGCUGUAUAGCGGGC